CAGUUGGCUUCCAUUUAAACUGGUAGACUGCAAGUUGAUUCUUUGCUUGUCCUCCUCUCCCUUUGAUCUUUCCAAACCCGAACGAUGACUGAAGUGAAGUGAUAUGAUCUGAGACCAUCCUUAGAGCCGGCUGUGAGGAAGUGGCACCCCGUGGCUGCCGCGGUUCUUUAUUGCUUCCGUCCUGGAAGCAGGCGUCGUUUACGGGGGAGGGGUACGAACUAAUUUGUUCAAGUUUAUUAUGCUCAUUUGUCGAAUCAUUUUCCGAUCCGUUUCGUGCACCUCCCGGUGCCAAUCCUCGUGUGGGGUAGUUUCACACUUCACUGAUGGAGUGCCAGGUGUGCCUGGAGCAGUUCGACGCCGCGAGCCACCGGCCGAAGGUGUUACCUUGUGGACACACGUUUUGCCUGAAGUGCAUUCAUAACCUGCGUAACAGGAAGUGCCCGUUAGACAGCAAGGUCUUCGAGUCUUCGCCGGAUGACUUGGUGGACAACUGGAGCUUAGUUGAUGCGCGCAGCAGACCCGUUGUUUUUGCUACCGGGGCUGCUGCCAUCCGCCUCUGGUGCCUGUACUGCGAAAAGGAUGCGACCGCAGACUGUUUGGAAGAGCACUCGGUAUGCAGCCUCAAGAAAGCCCGCGUCGAGGAUGCGGGGCCGCUCCUAGCGUCGCUCCGCCAGGGCGAGGCGGUCCUGGACAAGAUGGGCGAGACGCUGGGCGAUUUCCACCGCCAGCUGGUGCGGGAGAAGGCCGGGCUGGCGGCAGCGCGCGGACGCCUGGAGGACGCUCUGGAAGCGGACGCGGCCGUCUGGGAGCAGGCCAAGCAGGCCGCAGUGCAGGCUGGAGUGUCCGAGAGCACGGCCCUGCUGGUGAGCGACCUGUCCCAGCCCGCCGCCAGGUGCAGCCUGGCUGUCCGGCGGGAUGCGGGCGCCGCGGUGGCGUGGCGCGGCGAGGUGCAGACCGCGGAGGACGCGACCGCCAGGAUGCUGCUGUACCGACUGGCGCGCAGCGGGGAGCUGCAGCGAGAGCAGGAGGCGCAUGAGCAGCAGCAGCCACAACCGCAGCGCCCGGCCGCCCCGCUUUGGCGGGAACGCUCCAACGAGGGGGAUUGGGAGAUGACACCGGAGGAGACGCUGAAGCGGAUGGUGGUGGGCGCCAGGGUGGCGUACAGAGGCCGGUCGUCGAGUUGGUCAGGCACUGUCACCAAGGUCGACCACGGCCUUUGCUCGUUCCCUAGGUUAACUGUGUCAUUCACGAGGGAUCACUACAAUACUUCUCACUCUUUUACACUGACGUCUGAUGAGUGUGCACUACGCCUGCUGCCCUCUCCGUUGAAGCCGCCAAUCGGAGCGCUCAAAGGAGAGUACUUUCUAGGAGUGGAAUCUAUCAGCUCGAGCUCACAUCCCAAGAACAUGGCUAAUUUGCUGACGGAUGGCAGUCUUGCCCAGGUGCGUUUCUUGGCCGGCCUUCCCUGCAAGGUCACUCCGUUCUGGAGCCAGAAGGCGCUGCAGCUGGUGGCGCCUCGCCUGCAAGGCCUGCAGGUCCUUGCCCCUCUGCAGCGGCACCUCGAUGUGAUGCAGGCCAUGCCGCACUUGCAUUCCUUGAGCGUCAUCGGCGCCACCGGGGAGCAGCUGCAGGUGGUGAGCCAGAUGGCCUCGCUGCGCCGCCUGGAGGUACACUGCCCGCUGGACGCCCCGCUGCCGGUGCUGGCCUUCCCUGGUGCCCAAGCGAGGCUGCAGUGGCUGCGCUGCGGCGUCCACCCGCUGGUCUCUGCGCUGGCCCUGAUGCGCGCGCACGCCGCCACACUGGAGGAGCUGCAGUUGGUGGCGGCGUCCGACGAGCCCUACGGCUGUCCCGACCUGGCGGAGGAGCUGCGGAGGUUGAGGUUCCAGAGCCUCCGGCGUAUGGUGCUACUGCGGCAGACCGGCCACAACGCUCCCUGCCGUCACACCAGGGACACGUGCAGAGUGCAGGUGCACCAACUGUGGGACAUGUUCGCCGAGAGUGACUUGAAUGUCACUGUGGUGUGCAGUGUGUGUGAAAGCACUGAAUUUCAGAAAUCGGAAGAGUCGUAGGCCGAGACGUGGUUGGACGUCUGUUCUCAUAGCAAAUUAUACGACAGGGAACUAGUUCGAGUCUAAAUAGGGGCCUGUGUUGCUGCGUAAUGGAUAAUUUGAAAGCUGGCACGCAAUGGUGUGCACGCCCAUGCAUUUGAUUGUGGGUGACUCUUUUACUGUCCAAAAUUUUGAAGAAUUGGUCGCAUUAACCACUAAUGUUAAUUUAGUUCAAAUACAUUACGAUAGAGCUGGACAGUAGGUAUUAUUGUUUCUCAAUAGUGUUCAAAGGCGCACGAUUCCUCAAGUUUUUUCUUUUUUGUUUUGCGACUGGCUUAAGUCUGAGUUGAAUAUGACAGCACAGUUCAACUCAAAUUUAUGUUCGUUCACUCUGUUUGAGUAAAUCUUCAGGUUGCUGUUUUAUAUAACGUAAGGACUGUCUUCGUUGUGUUCUGAUAAUAAAAAUUAUGUUAUUCCUUGCAA